GCAGUGCCAGUUUCGGUUAGCAGGUUUCUCUCUGUCACUCCAUUCUGUCCACUUCAGUUUUUGGUUCAGUAGGCCGCAUGUGGGCUCAUUGAUCACAGUAGAAUUUUCUAGGAGAAGGGUCUCUCCGGUCCCCAACCCUCACUGUCAAAGUUGGGUGGAUUUGAUCAGAUUUUGUUUUCAACUGUUUUCCCUUUCGAUGUUAAAGUUUGGGGCUUUCUUUCUUUCUGCUCAUUAUCACUGACCCUGGAUGGCUUGCAUAAUUGGUUAUUGUUGGGUGGUCUUUCUGAAUGUGUGAAAUGGAAGUUUCUGUGGGAAUAAAUAGCUUUGUCCUUUUGUUGUUUUUCUUCCUCGGUUCUUCUUCUGAAGUGGGUUUGUAGCUGAUUUGUAGAAAUUUGUUAGUCUCUUUAAGGGAGAUGGGUUGCAGACGCACUGUUUCUGGAAUUUCCUCAUGGCAGUUCCCAGUUGCCUUUCCACCUGGAGGAUUAACCAGUUACUUGUGGGAUUUGUGUACUUGUAUGCUACCGACUUAGCUGAUUAGCUGAAAACAGGAUUAAGUGCUUAAAAAGCUUUGCAAACUCUCUUCUUCUGUGCGGCAAUGGUGGGGUUCCAGAAGUCUGCAGUAGUAGUCUUAGUUUCCCUGAUCAUCUCCCUUUCAAUUAAUCACUCAGAGCAAAUCCAGUCGUCCCAGGGUCAAACCCUCAUAAGGAUUCAACACCUUUUGAACAAUCCAUCAGUCCUAAGCACCUGGAAUAGCUCCACUGAUUUCUGCAGCCUAGAUCCCACUUCAUCUGUUUCUGUGGUCUGCUACCAGGACACCAUAACCCAGCUCCACAUCAUUGGAAACAAGGGAAGAUCUCUUCUCCCUAGAAACUUCUCCAUGGAAUCUUUUGUCACAACUCUGGUAAGUCUUCCAACCCUGAAAGUCCUCACACUAUCUUCUCUUGGUUUAUGGGGUUCACUACCUGGCAAAAUCGCUCGGUUGUCAUAUUUGGAAAUUCUCAACAUAAGCUCCAAUUUUCUAUAUGAUACCAUCCCUGGAGAGCUCUCAUCACUGUCUACCCUCCAAUCACUGGCACUCGAUGAUAACAUGUUUGCUGGGGAGCUGCCACAUUGGCUUGGUUCGCUCCCCGUAUUAUCUGUUCUUAGUUUGAGGAAGAACAUGUUCAAUGGGACAUUACCUGAUUCAUUAAGCAAUUUGGAGAAUCUCAGAGUUCUUUCACUUUCACACAACUACUUCCGUGGUGAAGUACCGGACUUUAGCCGGUUGACCAACCUUCAGGUGCUUGAUUUAGAAGAUAAUGACUUUGGGACCGAGUUUCCUCAGCUCGGGAACAAGUUGGUCACUUUGAUUUUGAGCAAGAACAAGUUCAGAGAUGGACUCCCUACAGAAAUAAGCUCUUACUAUCAGUUGGAACGGCUUGAUCUCUCCAACAAUAACUUUGUGGGCCCAUUUCCGCUGUGUUUGUUGGCAUUGCCUUCUGUUACUUACUUAAACGUGGGGAGCAACAAGUUCACUGGAAUGCUCUUUGAGAACCAAUCAUGUAGUGGUGAACUGAAGUUCGUUGACUUGUCAUUCAACCUUCUAACUGGACAUCUACCUAAGUGUCUUCACUCCAAGAAAACUGUUAUAUCUGAUGGAAACUGCCUGGAAACUGGUGAUGAUCAAAGCCAAAAACCGGUUUCAUUCUGUCGCAAUGAAGCCUUAGCAGUUGGUGUCAUUCCACAUAUGAAGAAUAGGGAAGGAAGAAGCUCUAAAGCAGCAAUUAUUGCCCUAGGUGUAAUUGGUGGAGUUGUUGGAGGCAUUGCACUUGUUACUUUGAUUUUCUUGUUGGUUAGAAAGGUGAGCGCCUCGAAGGAAAUCAAGAAAUAUCCGACAAGGCUAAUUUUGGAGGAUGCAUCAACUGGUUACCCGUCCAAGUUGCUUCAAGAUGCAAGAUAUAUAUCUCAAACAAUUAGACUAGGAGCACUUGGCCUCCCAGCAUAUCGGUCCUUUUCGUUGGAAGAGAUCGAGGAGGCUACGAACAACUUCGAGUCAUCAGCAUUCGUCGGUGAAAGUUCUCAAGGACAGAUGUACAAGGGUAAGCUGAAGGAUGGAUCUUAUGUAGCAAUUAUAUGCCUGAAAAUGAAAAGAAGCUACAGCACACAAACAUUCAUGCACCAUAUAGAGCUGAUCUCAAAGCUGAGGCACAAACAUCUGGCAAGUGCUCUAGGCCACUGCUUCGAGUGCUACUUGGAUGAUUCGAGCGUCAGCAGAAUAUUUCUCAUCUUUGAACAUGUAUCAAAUGGGAACCUAAGGAGCUGGGUCUCCGAGAGGCACUCUAGGCAAAAGCUGAACUGGACACAAAGGCUGGCAGCUGCAAUUGGGGUGGCCAAAGGGAUGCAGUUUUUGCACACAGGGAUUGUGCCUGGUGUAUAUGCAAACUAUCUGAAGAUAACAGAUGUUCAGCUGGAUCAGAACCUUGUGGCAAAAAUUAGCAGUUAUAACCUGCCAUUACUUGCAGAGAUCACAGGACAGGUCGGCCGCAUGACUUCUUCAGCUGGCUCCAAGAACCCUGCAAGGUUUGUUCAGACCAAUCAAGAAGCGAAAGCUGACGUCUACGAUUUUGGCAUCAUACUCUUAGAGAUCAUCGUGGGGAGACCAUUGGAAUCUAGGAAUGAAGUAGAUGCAGUAAAAGACCAACUGCAAGCAGCUAUUGCAUCAGAUGCAGCGACGAGGAGAAGCAUGGUUGAUCAAGCUGUUCAAAGGGGAAGCUCUAUUCAGUCGGUGAAGACGACAAUGGAGAUCUGCAUGAGGUGCCUAAACAAGAACCCUGGGGAUAGGCCUUCCGUGGAGGACGUGCUGUGGAACUUGCAGUUUGCUGCUCAAUCUCAGAGCGCCGAAGUGUCUCCUUCCUCGCCUGCACAGUUUAAUUAACAACCACGUCUCAGCACCCUGUGAUAGAAUCGCGAACGCAGAAUUCUUCAAGAAAUGAGUUCAAAUAUGGCUGUACCAUGGAAUUGUCUAAAUAGUAUAUAAGCUGUAAUUUAUAUAUACAAGAUCACCGUAGUGUACCCAACAAGUGUGUAUUAAACUAUCACAUUUUUUUUUUCAAAGUCAGUGUCGAAAAGAUAGUCACAAGGAGGAAGAAAGAAAAACGCGGGAGUCGACCAAUAGUCGAACUCCCCAUGAGAGGGCCUUUUGUGCCACAUGAUGGGUAGCCCUAUUUAGUCAACGAGAAACAAAGCAGUAAGAAAUCCAACUGAAAUGAGAAGCUAAGCUCUGAGUAUCCUCCAGUAGAACUCCACUCCGAUCAUGCGCCAAGUCGCCUCCCACCAUCCCGCCGUAUCAAUUGUUGUGAAUCCCCAUGAAAUUUGACAAAGACAAAGGU